AUGGAUGAAUGGACACCGAAUUUCGGCGGGCGCCAAGCAUUCAGCCUCGCCAUGGCAAACAAGCCCCACAUCGAAACUCUGGAAGAGGUUCUCAAUGACGAAGCCGACGAUCAGACUGUUGAAGAUUUGAGGUUUCAAGACGGUGGAAGAACCAAUGAAGACGAUAUUGCUGAGGAUGAUGAGGACGCUAACCCUGUUCGCAUGUUCAUGAGAGCCGGGCAUGAGAAUGAAGUUUGCCUACCCAUGGCAGACACAGUGACGGAGUUUUGCCAGGGCUGCCCUGAAGCUUCUCUCGAAACCCUCCGAUUGGCCCGCGCAGGGCUAUCGGGCAAAGCAAUUCUAAGCUCCAACUCUGUGGCAAUGGUAAUCGAACAGGGCCGUGAUGGUGCAAGACUGGAUAUCAUGGCAUUUACAUCAUUGCAAUUGUACGGGCGACUGAAGAAAGCGCGCUCCAAGCGACCAUCGUCUAGCAAAACGAACCUCGGGGCGAUUCAAGACGACGAACCUGACGCCGAACAACAACUUAUAUAUAUCACUGAUACAGAUGCUUGGGCUAUCCACAGUCUGAUCGGAACAGCACCCCAUUUUCAGGUGGCUCACUUACAAACUACUCUCUAUAGGCAUCUCGAGUUCAAGCCUUACUGUAACUACGAUGCUGUCUUAGAGGGCUUACCCACAUUCCAUCUGACUUUCAACCUGCCCUAUUUUGCACUGAGAAGUUCACUAUCGGCUCGAGAAGACCCGCGAAAAUGGCCCAAUCGAACUCCACUCAGGCAAUGCCACGAUGUUACACUGCUUUGCGAAAAAUCCAACGUAGGAAAAAGGUUCUUCCUCUAUGAAGCACAGAUUUCAUGCACAAUAGCAGGGCCCGAUGAAAACAUAUGGAAUGGAUAUUGUCUUGUCGACAAUUAUUUCGAAAAAGAAGGCGAUGGAGAAACAGUUCAUUCCUAUGUUGAAGACAGUCUUCGUGCCCAAGGUAUGAGAGCCGACCCUUUUACUCGAGGCCGUUCGGAAGUCGACAGAGAUAUUGCAACACGAAAACCUAGAGAAUACUUCCUCACCAUACUCAGAAUUCGCCUUCAGCAAGUUACGUAUGAGCAGGAGAAAGUGGUCGCAAUGCUUACGAAAUGCAGCCGACGGUGGGAGCAGACUUUGGUCCCAGUUGCGACCAGAUACUCUCGAGAAGAAGCCAAAAAUAGUAUCAGGACCGCCAACCAUCAUUCCAAAAAAGUGUCAAAGAACUUAUCCUCGAUCAUCACCUCAUGCGAGGACUUAUGCAACGACCGCAUCUUCAGGUGUUUCGACGGUGCCGAAUCAGCUCCUUACGGCCCAUUACUUCGCCCUAUCAGAACAAGGAUCAAAGAAUUGAAGCGAUUGAAAGAGGAACUUGACCAGCAGACUGACGACUGGACCACUUUCAAAACCGAUUUUGGAGUCGACUUGAACAUGGCAACCGUGAACACGGCAGGACAAUCCAUGAAGAUGAUGCUGAUGAUAAGCUCAAUCGGGCUGGCUUUCAGCCUGUUCUCGAUCAGCAAACCCGAACUUGUCACGCCUUUCAUCCGACAGAACUUCUGGUCAUUUUUGGCCACCGUAGGAAUGUUUGGGCUUAUUGGGCUUUUAUUUCUGGCAGUACUGACCGGCACAUUCCAGUGUUUUGUAGCCGACAUCUUACGCUGGAGGGUUCCUCGCUGGGGCAUCAAGAUCUCGGUGUCGAUACAGAGUCUGAAGUUGCCAUCACUUUCCGGCCGCUUCCACAAGAUAAGAAAGAUCCCCGAGGACGAAGAAAAUUUGCCAAUCCACGGCUUUGAUAUCAGCCUUCGCUCUCUUGGAACCACUGCGCUGAAGCCGCACCUGAACGCUCAACCACGCAAGUCUAGUCUCACUCCAGAUCCCUUCGGACGUUGA